GGACCGAAGCCGAGGAUCUAGACGAAUUUUUUUCUUAUUAAUGACGCGGUACUCAUAGAAAAUGGUUCCGACGGGGUGUUUUUUGUUGGCGUUCGCAGUGGCUUACGUCCACUGCCUGCCUACGAUGUACAAAUACAACGAAAAUCGUAUACUGGAGAAAGACUUGGUCCCGGUAUCGUCGACGGUGAUCCCCCUGCCCAUCUACAAGGUAAGCUCGGUCGUUGACGGUGUUCCAUCCGUCACUAAAGGCGACAAGCUGAAGAAACCGGAAGGACCUGUCACGCUACUGACUGCAAGCGGCAACAAGAAAGCGACUUCGCAGGACAAGAAAAUGGCAAAACACGUGACGAAGAAAAAUCUGGGCGAUAUCAGAGACUAGAAAACGGGAUGUUAGCGUUUAAAUGUUAAUCGCCUACUAAUGGAACCAAAGUUACCUGACUAAAAAAUAUCUCGUUAUUGUAAAUUUACCAGACAUUUUUAUACAACUUUUAACAUCAAUUUCACUCAUGUUUUUUAUGUAAUGUCGCACAAAAGAAAAAAGGAAUCGUUUUUAUAUUAGAGAAAAAGGAAAAAAAGUUUAAUAUAGAUCAUAAAUUAUGAGCAUUAACCUACCAAAAAUAGUUGACACAGUUGCUAAUAAGUACCCCGAAUAAUUGUGAAUAUUUAUUUAAUUUAAUUUGGGAAUAUGUGUAACUAACGAGUCGCAAACUAGUAAUAAACAAUUU